ACGGCGGCGGUAUCACCCCCAUCGUCACCUUAUCAUGCGUGGCGAAGUGACGGCAACGGCUUCGUUUCUCAACAAAUUCUUUCCGGACGUCUACGCCAAGAUGGAGCGAGACAAUAUUCGUGUCAGAAACUACUGUCAGUUUAACAGCCAAGUACUGACGGCAUUCACUUCUUGUCUUUACAUCUCAGGGCUUUUCUCCUCUCUGCUUGCUUCGCGGGUAACGGAGAAGUACGGCCGCCGGCCAUCGAUGCUCAUCGGAGGAGCUCUGUUUUUGGCGGGAACGGCGAUGGGCGGAGCGGCCGUGAAUGUUUACAUGCUCAUUCUGGCUCGAAUAUUGCAUGGGUUUGCCGUUGGAUUCACCAAUCAGUCGAUUCCACUGUACCUCUCAGAAAUGGCCCCCCCUGCACGUCGAGGAGCCAUAUCAGGCGGUUUCCAGGCCUCCAUAAGCUUCGGCCUCCUCAUCUCAAACCUCGUCAACUUCGCCACUCAGAAAAUCAAAGCCGGCUGGGGUUGGAGAAUCUCACUCUCCUCCGCCGCCAUCCCCUCCACCUUCCUCAUCAUCGCCGCCAUCUUCCUCCCCGAGACACCCAGUAGCAUCAUCCAACGCGGCGGCGAUCACCAUCAGGCCCGCCUUCUCCUCCAAAACAUCCGCGGCACCAAUGUCGACGUGAAGGACGAAUUCGAAAACCUCAUCGCCGCCUCAGCCCAAGCCACCAAGGCCGUCUCCACCAAACACCCAUUCCUCCUCCUGCUUCGAAGAAAUUAUCGCCCGCAUAUCGUGAUGGCCGUAGCCAUCCCUGUUUUCUUUCAAACCACCGGCAUCAACGCGGUGAAUGUAUACUCCCCAGUUAUGUUCCGGACAAUCGGGCAGAAGGAAAGCGCGGCGCUCUUGUCGGCUGUUGUCACGAGGCUCAUCAGUUUUAUUUUUACCAUAACGGCGACGAUGGUGCUGGCGGACAGAGUGGGCCGGCGGGCUCUGUUUUUCACGGGAGGGGUGGUGAUGUUGGGAGCUCACGUGGCUCUGGGUGCGAUGCUUAAUGCGGGAAUGCAUGAUCAAGGAGCGGUGAGGAAGGAGGACGCGUACGUGGUGGUGGGGUUGGUGUGCGUCUUCUUGGCUGCAUUUGGGUGGUCGUGGGGAUCGAUGGCUUGGCUGCUGACCAGCGAGAUAUAUCCGAUGGAGAUACGGUCGGCGGCGCAGAGCGUUUAUGUUUCGGUUAAUUUCUUGACGGCAUUCGCGGUGGCGCAGAGCCUGCUUGCGCUGCUCUGCGGACUAAAAGCGGGACUCUUCUUUGUGUUCGCGGGAGGGGUGAUGGGGAUGACUGGUUUCGCUUACUGGUUCGUGCCGGAGACGAAAGGAGCGGCCUUGGAGCAGAUGGGCUCCGUCUGGAUUGGCCAUUGGUAUUGGAACAGAUUUGUCUCAAUCUCACCUGUGAUUAAAUAGAUGAUAUGAAAUGUAAUUAUUAUUUUUCUG